AUGACCCAUCUUGUGUUGGAUCCAUCAAAGUUGAAGAAUGCUUUCCCCAGGGCAUCUCAGUCGCGGGUGGAAAGAAUCAGAACGUUUGCCCAGGUGGUACGAUAUGAUAUAAAUCGGGCGGUUCUUUGGGUAACAACAGUACCAACCAUAAGAGACAACAACGGGUCCGCCCCACCAAUGUUGGAGUGGCUGAUGCUGAAGGUAAUGGGGUCCUUGAAGUCAGAUGUCGUUGACCUGGGAGCUGUAGUUGAUGUCGUGGGGUAUUACAACGGUAAAACUGUAGAUAUCGUGGAGUGUGUGGCGAUUGAUGGCGGGUCCCUCUCAAUGGCAGCCAAUUUGGAUAUUUUACACCAAAUUACAAAAUUACAAGAUAUAUAG